AUGCCCCGCACGCUGCAUAAUAAAGACAUCGCCCCGUGGGGCCCCGCUCCAACGCAGACCGCGUCGUCGUCCGCCAUGAGCUCUUCUUCCUCGCCCAGCAACAGCCCAACCCGCGCCCGCAGAGUUUCUGCCCGUCGCGGCUCCGUCUCAGCCUCUGACCCGUGGGGCGCCUACGCGUCUCUCAAUAACCCUGCUCGUGCCAUGUCCAGCAGACUCACCAUCGUCCGAGUUCCCCCUCCGCACGAGGACGAUAGCACACCGUCUCGCAGGCAUCGCCGCCACGGCAGCAAUGCAUCCCUCAGCUCGACCUCCUCCAAGGGCGAGCCGUCCCGCUUGAGCUUCGCCUUCGCGUCCUUCACCCAGCCCCCCUCCCCGGGCGCAGGUCCCAGCCCUGGUUCUCAACCCCCGCGCCCCGCAAGUCCUGGCUCACCCCGGAUGGCGCCCACCCUCACCCGCAGAUAUUCGGGCUCGGGCGUGAGCGCGUUCUCGAACCAGCAGAAACUCUCGCCCGACCAACUCGUCGAGCUCGCCCGUCAGUCAUGCCAUCCCCGUCCCUCCACCUCGGCUGGCACCGCACCUCCCACUCCCGCAGCCUCCGCUCCUGCUCCCGUCUCAUUCACCCCCCUCCCCGACGAUGUCUUCCUCCCGUUCGUCGAUCGCCCCGCCGAGGUCGCGCAGCUGAUUGCGAGCCCGCCCUCCGCGAAGCUCUUUGCGCUGCUCGCCCAGACGUUUCCUUCCAUGAACGAGCCCACCUCUGUUUAUCCGGACGACCCCAAGCAUUGGUCCUACAGGGACCUCGAGCGUUGGCUUACCAUCGUCGACCGUGACGAGGCCAGCGACGCGGAGUGGGUCGCCAAGGCCCGCGCGUGCGUCCUCUCGCACAGCGAGCUCAUCUGGGAGCGCAUCAAGGGCGCUCUCGGCGUUCCACCCGAGCUUGAUGUGGAGCCCGAACAUGCAACGCACGCAGAGGUCUUCAUUGAAGAGGCCCGCCAGCGCCAGUUCGACUCCGAGUCCGCGCUAGUUCUCGGGUCUCCCGAACAGUCCUUCAUCACCCCAUUCCCCUCGCGCCGCCCCGUCGCAAGCGACGUCGAACCCGACGACCUCCUACCCUCCAUCGAGAUGCAGCCCCCUUCGCCCCCCGAGGACGAAGUGACGAUCGAGCCCGUGCUCGCCUCCUCGGCGCCCCCGCCGACGUCCUCGCACGACCUCGGGUUCUCGCUGCACGAGGUGCGCGAGGAAGACGAGUCCGAGGACGCGCGCACGCCCACGAGCCCGGAGGUGCACGGCCUGCGCAUCAGCACGUCCCCGACGCGCGCCCCGGGCGCGUCCGUGGCGCUCUCGAGCAGCCCCAGCGCGUCCCCGCUCGCGCUCGGGCCGCGCGACGACGCGCCGUACGACGCGAUGCGCGAGCGCGGGCCGGGGCACCCGCUCUUCCCCAGCAGCUUCGCGCAGCUCGCGCUCGCGCCGACGCUCCGCCCCAGCCAGUCUGCGCGCACGAUGAGCGUGGCGUACCCCGCGCUGCUCGCGACGGGCGGGAUCCGCCGUGCGGACAGCGUCGAUGGCGUGCCCCGUGCGGGCUUGCGCGCGCUCCGGAACGACUGGGCGCAGGCGUGGGACCCCGCGCGCCACGAGUUCGCGGUCGCGUCGAGCGCGGGGAGCGUCAGCGCUAGCGGGCGCGAUUGA